CCGUUCAAUUUUGACUCAUCCCAGACUCCAAGCAAGCAGCCAGGCUCUUCAAAAAGAAAAGAAGAGCUAGCGAACCGAGAUCCAGAUCCAAAUUCGCCAUCAGUUUCUUCAAGAAUUCCCGUCUCCUUCAACUGCAGGUGUGUAAAAUGGAAUCCGUUCUCGCUGCUUCUUCUUCUGUGCUGUCGUCUGCUCUUCCACCCGGGGAGUACGAGGUUUUCCUGAGCUUCAGGGGCCCCGAUGUUCGCAACACGUUUGCCGAUCAUCUCUACACCUCUCUACACCGUUCCAGAAUCCGCACAUUCAGGGACGAGGAAGAGCUACGCAAGGGGGAAGGGAUUGCACCUUCCCUAGUCCAGGCCAUCCCCAAUUCCAAGAUCUACGUCCCAAUCUUGACCAAACAGUACGCUUCCAGCAAAUGGUGCCUUCAAGAAUUGGCUCAAAUGGUGGGGUGCUGGAAGCAAAAGAAGGGGCACCUCAUCCUCCCCAUUUUCUAUUUUGUCGACCCUAGAGAUGCGAGGCAUCAACAUGGCUCUUAUCAGGAAGCCUUUGAACAGCAUGCCCGGAAACAUAGCCCCGAAACUGUGAACGAAUGGAAGGAAGCACUUCGAGAGGUUGGCCAAAUGAAAGGAUGGCAUGUCACUGAAUCCGACAGCUGCAGUCAGGGAGCUAUAAUAGAACAAAUCGUUUCUGAAGUUGAGUUGCAUCUGAGGGGCAUUUACGCCUUAGUGACUGAUGAGUUGGUUGGAAUCGAUAGUCACGUGGAAGAAGUGAUGGCAUUAUUGAAUACACCCUCUUCUAUAGGGAAAGUCGUUGGUAUUCAUGGCAUGGGUGGUAUAGGUAAAACCAGUCUGUCUAAAGCGGUCUAUAACAAAAUUUUCACUCAAUUUGAUCGUUCUUGUUUCUUGGAAGAUGUACGGGAAACAUUGACAAAGAGUGACGGAGCUCUUUCUUUGCAAAGUAAGCUUAUCUCUAGCAUUAUGAAGAAGGAUAAUCAUCAAGUUAGCAAUGUAAGUGAAGGAAUCAACACGAUAAAGGAAAGGGUUUGCAACCACAAGGUGCUUAUUGUUAUUGAUGAUAUAGAUGAUAGGUUUGAAUUUGAUAAGAUUAUAGGAAAUUUAGGUGAUUUUUCUUUUGAUAGCAGAUUUAUGUUUACAACAAGGUAUAAAAGGGUUUUAGAUUUCUUCCCAGGAUGUAAAUUGUAUGAAAUAGGAGAAAUGAGUCAUCCUCUGUCGUUGCAACUUUUUAGCAAACAUGCUUUUGCGAUGGAUAGUCCUCCAAUGGAAGAUGUCGUUAUAUCUGAGGAAUUCGUGAAAGUUGCUGCUGGACUUCCUUUAGCUCUCAAAGUGAUAGGAUCACUCUUGUUUCGUAGAGAGAGGAAAUUUUGGGAAGAAAAGUUGAUAGAGUUACAAGGAAUACCUUCUACUACCGAAAAUAAGGUGCAAGAGAGAUUGAAGAUAAGUUACAAUGAGUUGUCUCACAAUGAGAAACAAAUCUUUCUUGACAUAGCUUGUUUUUUUAUUGGUACCCACAAAGAUUUAAUCUACUACAUGUGGAGUGGUUGUGAUUUCUAUCCAGAAAGUGGGAUCACCACUCUUAUCCACAGAUCGUUAAUGAAACUUGAUGAAGGAAACCACUUUUGGAUGCACGAUCACAUCAAAGAUCUUGGAAGAGCCAUUGUUAGAGAAGAAGAUAUUCAACAUCCAUACAACCGUAGUAGGAUAUGGUCAGCAGACGACGCCCUCGAUAUGUUUAGAAAUGCCAGGGGAACUGAACGGGUAGAAGUUCUUAGAGUGGAUGUCAAAUCUGGAGAUCUUGAGAAAGGACUUAAAAGCACGGAUUUUAAGAACUUAUCAGGUCUACGGUACCUGGAGGUGCAAUAUGGAAGCAUAAUGGGGGAUUUCAGCCAGGUUCUUCCAAAUUUAUGUUGCCUUCGGUUGCCAUGCUGUGCAUCAAUCCCAACCGAUAUUUACGCGAAGAAAUUGGUAGUUCUUGAUUUGAAGGAUUGCAAUGUGACAGAUAAUUGGAAGGGCUGGAACCGAAUAAAGGCAGCAGCAAAGCUGAAAGCUGUAAAUUUACCCAAGUGUUAUCGGUUGAGAAAAGCACCCGACUUGUCCACAUGCACAAGUUUGGAGUUGAUAAAUUUUGAGUCUUGUCUCUUUAUGGAAGGAGAACUGCACAUUGGUAAUUUCAAGAAUUUGAAAAGGCUGAGUCUUUGCUGGACCGGUAUAACUGGGUUAAUCAUUAGGGAUAAUGAUUUUGGAAAGUUUCGACGACUAGAGGAGCUGGACUUGAACUCCACUUGUUUGAAAGAAUUGCCCGCCGGGAUGGAAAACUUACCCUCUCUCAAAACCCUGUUGUUGGAAUCAGGAAAAUCUUGGGAGUUCCUGAUGGAGGAGAUACCCAGGCUCCCGAGGAGUAUAAAGAGGUUAACCAUUUCACCUCCAUCUAGAGUUCCAAAUCUGUCAGAGCUCACGGAGUUGGAGUCCCUGAGCUACGUCAGAGGUAAUAUUCCUUGUAUCCCUGAAGACUUGUGGUUACUGUGCGAUUAUAUCGAGGCAUUUACUCCGAUGGCUGGAGGCCUUUUGAAUGAGCUCCCCAGCCUAGCAAAUCUGCGCAAUCUUACCCAACUCACACUCAUGCAUAUCGGGGUGGUCGAAAUCCUGGGCCUGGGAGAGCUGAGGGUGCUGGAGGCACUGGUGAUAUCCAAUUCCCCGAAUCUGAUCAACCUCAACGGACUUGAGAAUCUGAUUUUCCUCAAGAUCCUGUACGUGGGAACGUGCUCCGCGCUGGAGAGACUGCCGAGUGUAAUGAAUUUGAUCAAGCUGGAGCUGUUGGUGGUUUACGGCUGCCCGGUUCUUGUAGAAAUCCAAGGUCUGGGUGGCCUUGCGGAGUCUUUAUCCCGUCUGUUAAUCGGAGGAUGUCCUAGCUUGGCAAACUAUGAUGGACUUCAACUUCUGGGAGCAUUGGAGUAUCUUACUCUUCUCCAUGGCGAGGAAUCAUUUCCGGAUCUCUCUGGUCUCUUUAAUCUCAAGCAGUUGAAACUGCGCCGCUGUCUGGAGUUAACAGAGCUUACAGGAUUUGAGAGAUUGGUGUCUCUAGAACAGUUUACUAUGAAUGAAUGCAACUCGAUUCGAAAUCUGCCGGAUCUGUCUGGGCUCAGGAAUCUCAAAGCAGUAACCAUCAGAUUCUGCGACAGCCUGAUUGAUCUCACGGGCAUCGAGAGAUUGGAGUCUUUGCAGGAGAUAGUGAUAAAUUGUUGCCAUUCGAUUACGAAGCUGCCAAACUUAUCGAGCCUGAAGAAUUUGGAGCGGUUGGAUCUCAGCAAAUGCACAGCCUUGACCGAGGUCCAGGGGGUGGAGGGUUUGGAGUCGUUAACAAUUCUACGGAUGUGUGAUUGCAGGUUAAUAAAGGAUUUGAACCUUUCUGGUCUCAGGAAAUUGUGGCAGCUUGACAUUGAGGGAUGCACAAAAUUGACCAAGGUGAAAGGACUCGAGGAGCUGGAUGGGUUACAGUUCGUGGAUAUGGGGAAAAGAAUGAGAGUGAAAUACUUGGCGAAGUCGGCUGCGAGAUAUGGCAAGGGACUGCUUUCCGGGUCUCUCAGCAGCUGGUGAUGGCGGAAGGAAGGACCUCUCUCCCUCCUGUUCUAAUUUGGUAAAGUCAGCUAUGGGUGGUGAGUCCGCUGGAGACUAAGGUCCAAAAUGAUGAGGAGAAUGAUUGCACUUAGCUUGAUCAAUGCCUUGGCCGAGAUUGGCAGAUUGGAGUCGUUGCGGCUGCGGCGGAUGUGUGAUUGUUGGUCUAUGAUAUCUUUUUGCCUCACUUUUCCUCUUUUGUGUGACGACGAAUUUUUAGCCUGGUCUUUUCCUUUGUCUACGUGAAGGAGCUGGCACUGCUGAUGUGACGAAAGGUCUGUUGCAGGUACGUAGAGCACUGCUCUUGAGCAGUAGGUUGGUGAUUGCUGCUAUAGAGAGGAGUUUGAAUCUAUCAGAUGAUCAGAUGGCUGAACUCGGGUGGGCUCGCAAGAACAUAUUGCUCAGUUCAGGGGAACAAGCUAGGUACAGUUUUAUAGAUUACUGAAGCAAUACAUGAAAAAGAGUAACGAGUCAUAUAAAACAUGUUUUCCCCUCCCGCAAUCUACCUGGUGGCCACCAGUUCUUCGAUUUCUCCUCAAAUGACCUCAGGCCCACUGAAUAUUUCACAUAUAGAAGUAGACUGGUGGAAACCUGAUUACAUAUGUUUAUUGAAAUAGCGAACAUUCGUCUUAGAUAAUUUUGAAAUAAGUUUUUAUUUGUAACAUGUCAUAAACUACGCAAGUCCGAUCCAUUCAAUCCUCCAAUUAAACUCACAAAUUGAGAUCAAAUUAGAACAUGCAACUAUAAAAGAAUACAAAUUAAAACAAUAUUUAAACCCUUCAAAUUCCACCAUAUGUGAUAAUAAGC